AUGGAUAUGGAAAUUGAUGACCCUGUGCACGGUUCCGGUGAAGAUCAGCUGUCGCCUACCCUCGACGAAGACAUGAAUAGCAACGACCACAAGGAUAACGCGAAGGCAGGCGCCAAUGAGGAUCAUGCCGACGGAGAGUUGGAUGAAUUUAACUUUAAGCCUGGCUCUUCAGGCAUAGCAGAUCAUAAAUCCUCCAAACCGCUAAAACUAACCAACACAAGUAUAAACCAGCUUGACAAAUGGAUUGAGCACCUGAGCAAAUGCGAGCCGUUGUCAGAAGACGACGUGGCCCGACUAUGUAAGAUGGCAGUGGAUGUUUUGCAGUUCGAGGAAAACGUCAAGCCAAUCAAUGUGCCAGUGACAAUUUGCGGUGACGUACACGGUCAAUUCCAUGAUUUAUUAGAGCUAUUUAAAAUCGGUGGUCCUUGCCCCGACACUAAUUACCUUUUCAUGGGUGAUUACGUGGAUAGAGGAUAUUAUUCCGUCGAGACUGUGUCCUACUUAGUCGCCAUGAAAGUCAGAUACCCGCAUAGAAUCACUAUACUGAGGGGUAACCACGAAUCGAGGCAAAUCACCCAGGUAUACGGGUUUUAUGACGAAUGUUUGAGGAAAUACGGCAGUGCGAAUGUGUGGAAAAUGUUCACCGAUUUGUUCGACUAUUUUCCCGUCACAGCUUUGGUAGAUAACAAAAUUUUCUGUCUGCAUGGUGGUCUUUCACCCAUGAUAGAAACAAUAGACCAGGUUAGAGACUUAAAUAGAAUACAGGAAGUACCCCACGAGGGUCCCAUGUGUGAUCUGCUAUGGUCCGACCCUGAUGACAGGGGCGGAUGGGGCAUCAGCCCCAGAGGCGCAGGUUUCACUUUUGGCCAAGACAUCAGUGAGCAAUUUAAUCAUACUAAUGAUCUAUCACUAAUAGCAAGAGCUCACCAAUUGGUCAUGGAAGGCUACGCUUGGUCUCAUCAACAAAACGUGGUCACUAUCUUCAGUGCUCCGAAUUACUGUUAUAGAUGUGGUAAUCAGGCCGCUAUCAUGGAGGUGGAUGAAAAUCAUAAUAGACAAUUCUUACAAUACGACCCAUCCGUGAGGCCUGGAGAACCCUCCGUCAGCAGAAAGACACCGGAUUAUUUUCUAUAA